AUGUUACAGGAAUCGCUGAUUUUCGGGCUGAUUACAGGCUUGUCGACAGUAUUCGCCGCCACGUGUCAACCCGGAUGGAAGCAUCACUCGGCAACGAAUUCUUGCUAUAAACCUUUGCAAGGGGAUCUCCCCUGGACGAUCGCCGAGUUUCGGUGUCUUUUCCAAGGGUCACACCUAGCAUCGAUCACUUCUGAUGAGGAGAAUCGUUUUGUGCAUGGAUUGGUCGGCAAUCGUGAGAUGUUCACUGGUGGUGCUUAUUUUGGAAGCAAUCCCGUUUAUGUCAAUUCUGAUGGGAAACCCUUUGCCCUGUAUGAGAAUUGGCAGGAAGGUGUUCGCCCGGCGAUGAAUCGAGCUCGUCGCUGCAUCAAGGUCGACUCAUAUGGCGAAUGGUUCCAAUCGUGUUGCAAGCAAUAUGGCCGAGCCGUUUGCAAGAAGCCGGCGCCUCGUCUUUUCUCCUCGACCACCACAACAACCACGCCGAGACCCACAACGACUUAUGGACUGGACCCGGCUUGGACCAAGGUCUACAAGCACAAAUAUUAUUGGCGACCACCUAGCGAUUUCAAGUGG